AUGGUGGACAUACUGCUGGUACUGAUUGUUUGCAUGGAAUGUAAAGCUCACAUUGAGAACUGUAGGGUCACAAAACCUAACCCUCCACUUCACAAGUAUCAUCAGUCAGGAGACCUCAUCAUUGGUGGCAUUACUUCUUAUGGUCUCCUCGUCUCCAGUCCAAUAGUAUUCACAGAAGAACCCCAUCAGGCAUUGUCAGAGGAACUUAUUGUAUUUCCUAAGCAUUACCAGCACAUCCUGGCCUUCGCAUUUGCAGUAAAAGAAAUCAAUGAAAACCCUCAGAUCUUACCCAAUAUCACCUUGGGCUUCCACAUUUAUGAUAGCUAUGACAAUGCAAGAAGGACCUAUCAUGCCACAAUGCUACUGUUGACUACACUGCAAAACAUUGUACCUAACUAUGUAUGUGAUAUCCAGAAUAGAUUAACAGCAGUUAUUGGGGGACUAGACUCUGAAAUCUCCCUUUAUGUGGCAAAUAUCUUGGAUACCUAUAAGACUCCACAGCUCAUCUAUGGCCCUGCUCCCAUUAUGAAUGCUAAAACUCCAGGCCUUCCCUUCUAUCAGCUGGCUCCUCAGGAAGCUCUUCAGUAUGAGGGGAUCCUCUCUCUGCUUCUCUGGUUCCGGUGGACAUGGAUUGGUAUUGGUGUUAUGGAUAAUGAUAAUGGAGAAAGAUUUCUACAAGUGGUCAUUCCACUACUUUCUAAGACGGGUGUCUGUUUUGCUUUCAUAGAAAGAAGCCCCAAAUUAAGUUUUGACAGUAAAAUUAAUGAUGCAUUUAUACUGGGGGCAAAAAUACAUGAUAAAGUGAUGGGCAGCAAAGCCAAUGUAGCAGUAGUCCAUGGAGAAUCUUAUUCCACGGCAAUUUUUCUCUUCUUUCCAUAUCUAUCAGAGCACGAGGUCUUGGCAAAGGAAGUCAAAGGGAAAGUAUGGAUAAUAACAGCUCAGUUUGAAUUCACUUCACUUGUCUUACAAAGGAAUUGGGAUUCAGAAAUAUUCCAUGGCACUAUAUCCUUCAGAAUCCACUCCAGUGACCUACUGGGAUUUCAGCAGUUUCUUGAGAGCAGAAACCCUUCUAGCUCUAAAGAAGAUGGUUUUAUCAGGGAUUUCUGGCAACAGGCCUUUGGCUGUUUAUUCCCAGACAGUAUUGUGGGCAAGGCGGAUGUGGACAUUUGCACAGGGGAGGAGAGGCUGGAGAGCCUUCCUGGAUCCUUCUUUGAAAUGAGCAUGAUUGGACACAGCUAUAGCAUCUACAAUGCUAUCUAUGUGGUGGCCCAUGCCCUGCAUCAUGCCACAUCCACUUCUAGAGCUAAGCAUUUUACACUGAUUGAUGCAGUGGAACCCAAACUUCAGAGUCUUCAAUUUGGGCAGCUUCAACCACUUCUAAAAUAUGUCUCAUUUAAUAACAGUGCAGGGGACAAAGUUUCUUUCAACCAGAAUGGGGAGAUAAUUGCUGGAUUGGAUGUGGUCAAUUGGAUUAUCUUCUCCAACCAUUCAUUUCAUAGGUCACGGCCUCUUUCUCUGUGUACUGAGAGUUGCCAACCUGGUUCUCGCAAGAAAAUGAAGGAGGGGGAGCCAUUUUGCUGCUAUGAUUGCAUCCCAUGCCCAGAAGGGAAGAUUUCAAACCAGGAGGACAUGAAUGACUGCCAUAAAUGCACUGAAGAAAACUACCCAAACGAAAAACAGGAUGCCUGCGUUCGCAAGUCAGUAACCUUCUUGUCUUAUGAAGAACCUUUAGGAUUUAGUUUAGCCUGUUUUGCCUUCUCCUUUGCUUUGACUACAGCUCUGGUGCUGGGAACCUUUACGAAGCACCACAACACUCCCAUUGUCAAAGCCCACAACCGGAGUCUCACCUACACUCUCCUCAUCUCCCUCCUUCUCUCCUUUCUUUGUGCAUUGCUGUUUAUUGGACGUCCUCAGAAGGUGACCUGUCUCCUCCGACAAACGACUUUUGGACUCAUCUUCUCAGUGGCAGUUUCUUGUGUGCUGGCAAAAACCAUCACGGUGGUUCUGGCUUUCAUGGCCACCAAGCCAGGGUCCAGGAUGAGGAAGUGGGUGGGGAAAAGACUGGCCAUCUCCAUUGUCCUUUUCUGCUCCCUCAUCCAAGCAAGCAUCUCUACUUUCUGGCUGGCCACCUCUCCACCUUUCCCAGAUAUGGACAUGCACUCAGUGGCUAAAGAAAUUGUUCUACAAUGUAAUGAACAGUCUGUGACUCUGUUUUCCUGUGUUCUGGGCUACAUGGGUUUCCUGGCAAUGGUGAGUUUCACCGUGGCUUUCCUUGCAAGGAAGCUCCCUGACAGUUUCAAUGAAGCCAAGUUCAUCACUUUCAGCAUGCUCGUCUUCUGCAGUGUGUGGUUAUCCUUUGUUCCAUCGUAUCUGAGCUCCAAGGGAAAAUACAUGGUAGCCGUGGAGAUCUUCUCUAUCUUAGCCUCUAGUGCUGGGUUGUUGGUUUUUAUCUUUUCCCCAAAAUGUUACAUUAUAGUGUUGAGACCUCAGCUGAACACGAGGGAACAGCUAAUAAGGAGAAAAGAUGGAAGAAGUCUGUAA